AUAUUUAAGUAAUAAUUUAUUCACGUGGCACGCAUAAUUUUAAUAUUUCUUGGUGACAUUAACAUGCAUUUGCACGUAAUAAAUUAACAGUUAGGUAACAAAAGUAUCGUCAAGUAUAAUCGAAAACAACCAAAACCAGUACGUGCAUAUUCGGCUUGCAAAAUAUUUGUACCGGUUGUGGUUCAACACACGAUAAGUAACCAUACGAUGCAAUAAAACCCUGAACUUGAGCCGAUCAAAAUCUCAAGAGCAUCGCAGCCUCCGUUAGUUUUUCGCAAAUCUGCGUAAAUACGUGCUCGACCCAUAAACCGGUGACGAAACCGAAUUGAUUGCGGACGAUUUUCGACCAUGAUUUAGUGAAAAGUGUUUCGUCUGUGUUUGAGUGUGCGUUCAUCUCGACUGAAAAUCAUGAACAAACUGGUAUUAGUUUUGCUGGCGACGUCACUUCUUCCAGCCGAAGCUGGUAAUAAUAGACCGCAUAUAAUUUUCAUCUUGGCUGAUGAUUUGGGGUGGAAUGAUGUCGGGUUUCAUGGAUCCGGCCAAAUCCCGACUCCUAAUAUUGACGCUCUGGCAUAUUCUGGGUUGAUCCUGCAAAAUUAUUACGUCACGGCGAUUUGCACGCCAUCUAGAAGUGCCUUAAUGACCGGAAAAUACCCCAUCCAUACCGGAAUGCAGCACACUGUGCUUUAUGGGGCAGAACCCAGAGGGCUGCCACUUACGGAAAAAAUUUUACCACAAUAUUUAAAAGAGUUGGGGUAUACGAACAGAAUUGUCGGAAAAUGGCACCUGGGGUCGUACAAAAGGGUGUACACACCGACGUAUAGGGGAUUUGAUUCCCACAUAGGUUUCUGGACGGGUCACCAAGACUACUUCGACCACACCGCCGUCGAAAACCCAGGCUGGGGCUUCGACAUGCGUCGCAACCUAGACCUAGCCUACGACCUCCACGGCCAGUACUCCACCGACGUAUUCACUGAAGAGAGUGUCAAAAUUAUAAAAGACCACAAUGUUAGCACCCCACUUUUCCUGUAUUUAGCUCACGCGGCGGUCCAUUCCGGAAACCCAUACAACCCUCUGCCAGCCCCCGACGAAACAGUAGCACAAUUUUCGUACAUAGACAACUACAAAAGACAGAGAUUUGCAGCCAUGUUGACAAAACUAGACGAUUCAGUGGGUGCUGUUGUGAAAGCACUCUCUGACAAGAAUAUGCUGCAGAGCUCAGUUAUAGUUUUCUCGAGUGACAAUGGAGGUCCUGCUGCAGGAUUUAACUUAAACGCGGCUUCAAAUUAUCCUUUGAAAGGGGUAAAGAAUACGUUGUGGGAAGGCGGAGUUCGAGGGGCGGGGUUAUUGUGGAGUCCUUUGAUUAAGAAGCCUCAAAGAGUGGCUAAGCAGAUGAUGCACGUUAGCGAUUGGUUGCCCACCUUGUUGGGAGCAGCGGGAGCAGAUAUAAGCACAGUGCAAAAUAUCGAUGGAACUAACCUCUGGGAUUCUCUAUCAGACAAUACUAGUUCCCCAAGAACUGAAAUUUUACACAAUAUUGAUGACAUUUAUGGAAAUUCUGCUCUAACAGUAGGACCGUGGAAGCUUCUACAAGGUACUACUUACAACGGUGCCUGGGACAACUGGUACGGUCCAUCGGGGCGCGAAUACGGCUAUAAUGUAUCUCAAGUUAUAAAUUCUGUGGUCGGACUCGCUCUGAAAUCUCUACACCAGCCUUUAACACCUGACGUUAUACUAAAAUUGCGCAGUUUGGCUGACGUAAACUGUUCCAAACAAAACAAAGCGCCAAUUCCAUGUGAGCCACUGAAAGAAGCGUGUUUAUUCAACGUUGUUGAAGAUCCGUGUGAGAGGCGAAACGUUGCUAAAGAGUAUCCACAAAUUUUGAAAAAUUUGCAAGAAAUUUUGGAAAAAUAUGAUGCUACGGCGAUACCACCCGGGAAUCUGCCGCUGGAUCCAAGGGGAGACCCCAAAUAUUGGAAUUACACGUUUACUAAUUUUGGAGAUUAUGACAGCACCCUUAACCUAAAUUCGUUACAAAAAUACACAUUUACAUCCUACUAUCAUUAGAGCGCCCUUAUAGGACUUGAAAGCGUCAACCCCAAUAAGUAAUUUAGUUUCCUUUUUGGCGACCUACUGUAUUAUUUUUUUAAUUAUGGAAAUUGUAUAGACACCUAUUUUGAUUGUUGUUACUCAAAGGUGUUGGCGCUUUUAACUUCUCGAGUGUAAGUUAGAAAAAUUGUAAUGGGGCCCUUAAUGGUAGUGGUAUGUAUAGAAAAUCUUGCACAUACAUUAUUUUUAAUACUUUCUAAUUCUAAGCUUAAAAUGAUGAGUUGCAUUUUACAGCCAAAUAACUGACAAAACUGCGAUGUCAUCAUGACGUUUGACAUGUCAGAUUUGCUUUUUGACAUAUGCAGCCAUUAAAAAACUGAAUUAUCUGAAAAUUAAUGAAAUUAUCACGGGCAAAUAUUGUAUUUUUUUAUUUUGUGUAUUGUUUUGUUUUGUUUUUAAUAAAAUUGAAAAUAACUUU